UAAUUAAUAAAUAGUGAAAGGUGAUAUUAAUAAUAUAAGGAAAAGUCUCAAGUACUCCUGAUAUCGUAAAAUGAUAAGAAUCUGUUUAUAAAAUGGCGUUUUCAUUACGUAAAAUGCUAACAAACAUCAGUUAUUUCAAAAAGUCUGAUAACGAAACUGAAGAUGCGAAAAAACAAAACACGUAUGAUACUUUAGACGAAGUAAAUUACGACAACACGGAACCAGAUUCCACAGUACGUCAAUGCUCGAGUCUCAAUAUACCAGAUUCCGUGAAACAAUUCACUGCUAAAAAAGGUUCAUUAUCCGACACGGACCUCCUUACACUAAACGUUGAUAGUCCAAUCAGGCACAAACAUAAAAGAUGUAAGAAAUUAAAACUGGAUAUUAAAAAAGCGAGUCAAUCUUUAAGUGAAAAGUUAAACCAGGAAGAAGAAAACAGCUGCGACUCUAAUGUUGAAAAUACACCUAAACACAUUUUACUUGAAUGUGCAACUUCAGAGUUCACUGAUAAACUAAAAGGUUUCGAUUUCAGUAAGGAAUUUGAUAUUUACGAUGGUACGUCAGAUGAUCAAUGGUCAAAUCCUUUCGAAGAAGAAAAUAUUGAUAUUGAAUCAAUUUCAGAGCAUUCAGACAGUGAUGUAUCUAUUGGUAAUAAGAAGAAAUCUAUUAAAAUGUGCCGUAAAGUACAAUCUAUGCCUAGCGGAUCAUCCAGUGAUGAAAAUUGCCAUCCACCAUCAUCACCAGAGUCAUUCGGUGACAUAGAAACAGAUAAAAGUGAAAUAGAAAGAUUAAAAUUACUAUACAACUAUCAAACAAAACUAGAAAAAGUAGAAAAUCUAUUAAAAGAUAUGCUGAACGAAUUUCAAUUUCAUAUAGAAGUAUCAAAAGUCUUCAACAGUCGAGCCGAUCAUGAGGAAGCAGAUUCUAAUAAUCCUGAUAUGAACAGAAAACCAAGUCCGACAGACUCUUGGAGUGUAAUUAUGGAAAAAGAAGAUGACAACACAAAAGUUUCAGUCAAAAAACAACUAGAAUCCAUCAAGCAAUCAAUAGAACAAUUCAUAAAUGUAUAUUUAAAGGAUUACGAUAAUGUUCAAAGAAUAAAGAAGUGUAGAAAAUAUUUACCACGCAACCAAAGAGGUGCAAUACCUAAACGUGUUAACAAAAAAAAGAUAAAACAUUACGAUUUUCCAGAUUUAAGAGAUGCAUUGAUUAAUUUAUUCUAUCCGGAUUUAAAUGAUACAUUUACCAGUACUACAAGUGAUUCUGAUGAUUGUGUGUCUUCAAAAUGUAGCUGUUCCUGCCAUCAUGAAUCAUCAUCACAUACAGAUUCCGGUUUAAUCAGUAAGACAAUUGAUGGAUCAUCAAACCAAUCUAUUACAUCAUCUAUUGGUAACUUUAGUUUAGAUACAUCAACAUUAACCGUUUAUUCUGAAUCUUUAGAUCAAAUAAUCAGCUUUAAUAGUUUCGAUGAUAGUAUAUAUAAUAAAUUUUUACAAAAAUCAGCAGUUGAACGUAUAACAUUUUAUAUAAAAGUACAUAAUAUACAAUUAAAAUGUGAUAUAAACGAUGAGGAAUCCAAAAACAUAAUUACGUUUCAUUGUAUGUCUUGUAAAUUAUCGGAAUAUAAUGAAAACGAUCUUCUUAAACAUAUAUUAAGUCAAUCUCACUGUGAAAAAAUACAUUUUCAAUAUAAAACUGCUUAUAUCAAAAAAUGUAUGUCCGAAGGUAAAGAAAUUCAACCGAGUACAGUUUUAAAUCCAAUGAAAAUGUAUCGGGAUGAUAAUAAAAUAGUUUGCUUUGGAAAUGCUGUUUAUGCAUGUUCAUUGUGCUUUGAAAAUGAUAUUAUCGGAGAGUCUGUACUAAUGAAACAUUGUGCUGAUAAAGAACAUAUUGAAAGACGUGAAAAACUUGAUGAAAUCAUAGAUUAAGAGCAUGUAUGCAUGUUUAAAAAUCAUUUAUAUACUUCUGAAUAUUAAUUUAUA